AUGGAAGUUUCGCUUUCUCAAAUUUGUUGCAAGACUAUUAUUCAGUACAUUCUUGAAGGAAAACUGAAGAAUGUCAAUUUCAAAUUCACCGAAUCGAUGAGUAAUUCAAUAGCAUCAUAUGCACUUACCAAUGUUCACAAGGGAACACCGGAAGUACGCGAAGAAAUUCCAAAAAACUUGAAUAUAUCAAAAAUGGUAGUUGAUAUGGAAUACUUGAAAAAAGAAAAUUUGCAACUGUUGUAAACACAAAACAUCAAGAAUCUUGUACUUAAAGACUUGCAAGCGUUAGAAAGACUAUAUGCCAUAGUAGAAGAUCCGCUCAGUGAGUUCGUUGCAGGCGGACUACGUUAUUAUGCUACACACUUGAACUUGAUCCCGUUUUUGAAUGAUGCACUAAACCUGGAAACCCGCUCAAAUCUUGUCGGUUUGGAAAUUCAGGAAGGGGCACAUACUAUAAUCAUGGGCGGAUGGGCUAAAAAAAUUGGGACGCUUCUUCCUGCUCUUCAAAGUUUACACAUUGGCUGGCCCCAAGUUGAUUUGCAGGAUUUCACGGAUAUGUGUGAUUAUUUCCUAAAUCUUACAAAACUAUGCAUUAGUCGGAUAGGAAUCAAUAGUUUAGAAGGAUUAUCAAAACUGAAAAACCUUGAAACUCUCAUCAUGUGUGAUAUGGAAUUCGAAGAUUACCAGGAUAUCAGCGAUAUUUUUACUUUAAAAGAACUGAAAGUCCUGGACUUUUCUGGAGAAAAGAACUCCCGCUGAUAAUGAGGAAGACUUGUCGAACUGCCCGAUCUUUUUCGUUUCGGCCACUCUGAAAUCAGCAAUUCGGUCUAUGUUUCAUUACAAAAAUGCUUGCAAAUAUGAAAUUGUGGUCGUUAUUAUGGAUAAUAUUCGUUCGAUUCUUGAUAAACGCUAUAAACAAUUUGAUAAAUCCGAAAUCAGUGAAUGUUUCGAAAAUCUGACGGAAGUGAUACAGGAUUGUUUAGAUGUUGAAGAUAUAUGCUUAUAUGGAUUCAGAUGCUUGGAAGUAAUCUGCAGACGUUACGGAAUUGAAAACUUUCCUGCAAUUGAAAAACAACUUCUUGUGAAAUGUCUUCUGAACAUUUCUUCUAAAAUAUCAACGUCAUAGUUUUGAUGUUCGACAGGAAUGGGAUAGAUAUCACGAAAUUCUGCGACUCAUUGUAGUUUUCUACAGAAAAACUUUAUCGAGGAGAUUGGUGCCUGAGUCUCUUCGAUAUAGGCAAGAUGUACUAUGACUGUAACAAUGGACAUACUGCAAAACGAUUUGAAGAAAGUAGACAAUUGCAGUGCACUACAAUUGGAAAUUCUGAAAACAAUGGAAGAAGUUAUGAUGAAUAGUGAAGGCUAUAUCUUCUAUCUUCAAAACAGCAUUUUCUCUCCAAAUUUUAAUGAUUUAUUAAAACUGAUUGCUGAAAAGAAAAUAGAAAUUCGAAGAUCAAUGGUGUCUUUGCUAGUAUCUUGUUUCCUACUUUAUAUGGAUUUUAUUAAACACGAAUUAACAGAAGACGCAUCACAAUUCAUUAACCACAUUCCGCAAGUUAAUAAAGAUUUAGCAAUGAAAGCAUACCACAAAGAAGUGCUGAUAGUCAACAUUUGUCAAGCUAUUGAAGACUAUGAUUCCACGACUGAUUGCGAUGAAUAUAAGGUCCUCAAAAAAACACUGCUGAGUUGUGAGAUGGAUGAGGCAAGAGACUGUAUCAAAUGGACACUGGAUAAAGGAGCUAUGCCGACGUUUACUAUUGAAGACAUUUUUGGACAUCUUGAAAUGAUGUUUGACAUAUAUUCUCGAUAA